CCUGUAUUCAGGACAAAUGUCACCUAUAUCGAAUGCCUCUCAAACCAGACUUUUCCAAGCCCCUGGUAACUCCCAACCCGGAGAUAUUUUUGCUACCUCACUUCUAUUUAUUGAUUGAUAUUUUCUCUUUACACACACACACACACACACUGAAAAAAAAAAGAUGGUUCUGAUAGACAAACUGUGGGAUGACGUUGCCGGCGGACCGACACCGCAGAGCGGCCUCGGCAAGCUCCGGAAGCUCGCCACCCAGUCUCUGAGCGUCAAGACUGAUGGGAUUGGUGAAGGCAGCAGCAGCAGCAGCAGCAGCAACAACAGCAAGUACCAGAGGUCCAUGUCCAUGCCGGGAACUCCGGCGACGCCUGGGACGCCGACGACUCCGUCGCCGACAGCGGCCGCGGCGCGUAAGGACAACGUGUGGAGGAGCGUAUUCCACCCAGGGAGUAACUCGGCUACGAGGGGAAUGGGAUCGGACCUGUUUGAUAAGCCGCAGCCUAACUCUCCCACUGUCUAUGACUGGUACGUACGUACCCCACCCGAUCUACGAGUAAUAUGAUUUUGGUUUUUGUCUAGAUUCCAGAUCUGUGAUUGACAGUGAAUUCAGUUUGAUCUUAUACAGUACAUUUUUAUUUUUUUUUAAAAAAAAAACUAUGUGUAUAUAUUAUUUUGAUGUGUGUUAAUAGUAGUAAUUAAUUUGGUAGUGGUGGUUUAACUUUUAAUUGCAGGCUGUACAGUGGGGAGACUAAGAGCAAGUAUCGUUAGAUGAUCGUAUCCGUUUGCAUUUGUGAAUAUACCCCUCAAAAAGUUUUCUGGCUGUUUGGAGUUUGUCUGAAGGUGUUUUAUGAUCGCUUCACCUUUCAUCAUCGAUCAUCUUAGUAGUAGUUUACUAGUAUUUUAUUUUUGUGUCUGUUUGCUCAGCUGACUCUUUCAUAUUUUACUAUGGUCCGCUGUCAAAAUUUUUAAAUUACUAGUGGAGUGUUUUUUUUUUUUUUUGGUAGGGUCGAAGGUUGAGCUUCUUGUGUUUAAAAAAAUAAAAGUUGUCGAAUGAGUGUUUUUUUUCUUGGUCUGAUUACCGUGUUAAUUACUAAAUUUACUACUACUAAAUAGUGGAUGAUCCGUUAUUGUUAUUAGCAUUUUCGUAUUAUGGAUUCAUAUAUACGGAUUCUCCAACUAAGCCAAGCCGAUCAAUACCCAAACAAAAUGCCAUUUCUCCUCCUCAAAUUAGUCCACGGUGAUUAGAGACUGAUAGAUAGUGUAUUGAAAACAUUGGUUAAGAGUUGUCAAUGAAUCCCAACUCGCACCAAUUGGAAACCGGAAAAAGAUGGUCCUAAUUUCGUUCAUGUAAGAUCUUGCCAUUCAAAUGCUAAGUUGAGGGCUCGACCAUCAACAUCUGUGUUCAUGUUUGAUUAAAUUUAAUUUGAUGGAACAAGUGUAGAGGUUGCACUCAACAACUGUGUUAGUUUGGAAUUUGAAAUGGAUCAAUUUCACAAUGAGAUUCACUUUUUUGGAAAACGAGUACAUAACAUUUUGUUUGUGCAUCAUUUGUAAAGCACACAGUCUAAUUCUCAAUUCGUGCUUUGCAUGAUAUAUCUAUCAUAACAUGUAGAGAGUAAUAAAGGAUAUUAAUACAAUAACGAAUCUUUUCUAUCAUACUAAGCGGUAAUGUGAAUAUGUCGUCAGCAUUAAACCACAAAAAAGUUUUAGUUCCAUGGGACACGGUGAAGCAUUAAAUUUAAUAGACAAUUAAUGUAUUGGGAUUUCUACGGAAUACGGUCAUAAAGUGCUUUAAUAGACAAUUAAUUUAACAAGAGUAAUGGUACACUCCAUUAAUUAAUUAUGUGGUGUUGUUCCCUGGCUAAUUAUGUAGAACAAAAUUUUAUUAUUUUCAAUUUACUUCGUGUUGCAGCAUAUAUGUUAUUGAUUUGGAAUCUGCGCAUGGCACUUUUGUCACAAACACAACCAUAAUCAAUCAACUAAUAUCUUUAAACUUAAUUCUUCGUUACUGCCAUUGGGGUAAAGAAACAUUUUUGGCUGCCGAUGGCUCCGUUCUUUACAAAAGGGGUAUUACCGAUUCCAUUUACGCAUUUAAUGGAAUGAAAUUUGAAGAAUUGAAGCUAUCAGUGUUUGAUCGUUUAAAAGUAAAUCCUAGUGGGAAAAUUUCUUCACUUCACUGUGUAAUAUGAUCAGAAACAAUUUAUGUGCAGACACUAAUUGCUUGCAAUGACGAGUAUGCACAUAUCUAUCCAUCUAAUUCAGAAACUUUAUGUUUUAUUGUCAGCAAGCACUAGCAACGAGAG